AUGAAUCAUGGUCCUAACCUGGAUCUCAGUCUGAACCUGGACUUGGCCCGCCUCGCGGCCACAAAUUCGUGCUGCAGUCGCCUGCAACCCAUCCCGUUGGCCAUUCUGCUAGUCCUGGCUGUGGCCAUUAAUGCCCUGGUGGAGGGAGCAGCCACCGGAGCACCCUCGGCCACGGCCACCACUGCCAAGCCCAAGGGAUUCGAGGCCCGGUCGCUGGACGUCGGCCAGGAGGAGCUGGAUGACUUCGAGACCCAGGCUCAGACGCAUCUGGCCUACCGCCAGCAGCCACAGCAGCAGCAGCGCCAACUGUACGAAUACAGCGAGGAGGAUCAGGAGGAGGCACCGCGCCAGGUGUACGCCAACCGAAAUGCCAAGCAGCAGAGCAACUUCCUCAAGAUCCAGGGACAGCAGCUGAAGAAGCCCCUCAGCGAGGAGAGCGAGGAGGAGGAGGAGGAGGUGGAGGAGCCCGAUCGUCUGUCCACCCUGCUCAGCAAGUCCUCCUUCAGCUGCACGGACAGGAACUCUGGUUACUAUGCCGACGAAUCGCUGAGCUGCGAGGUCUUCCACUACUGCCAGGAGAGCCAGAAGCACUCGUGGAUCUGUCCCGAGGGCUUCACCUUCCACCAGAUCCACCUGAUCUGCAUGCCCCCGUCGCACGACAACAUCUGCAAGCAGUCCUCCAAGUACCACAUAGUCAACGACUACCUGUACAAGCCGAUCAAUCUGCAGGAGCAUCAGAGCAAGCCGAAUGUCACGCUGCGCUACUCGGAGCGCUACUUCCCGGAGAACUAUUACGAACACGAGCGCUACGAUGACGAGGAGGAGGAGCUGCCCGCCGCCGCCCCGAGGCCACGCAUCCACCAGCAGCAGCAGCAGCAGCAACAUCGCCAGGUGGUGGCCUACCAGCAGCCACAACAGCAGCAGCAGCAACAAGUGAGGGUUCAGUACCAACAGCCGCAGCAACAGCCGCAACCACAAGUGGUGACGCAGAUCCGCCACCAGCCGCAGCCCCAGCCGACUACCCUGGCCUACCGGAAGCCACUGCCCGUGACCACAGUGCAGCCCCAGUUGCAUCAGUUGCAUCAGCUCCACCAGCCCCAGUUGCAGCUCCAUCAGCAAAGGCCACAAACGCUGGCGCCCACCGUGACGCCGGCGCCUUACCGCUUCUUCACCGCCGCCCCGCAGCUGCAGCACUUGCAACAGCAACAGCAACAUCAGCAGCAGCAGGUCUUCCGCACGCCCGAGGAGAUCAACAUAUCGCUGCAGCAGCGCCGGCCGCAGGUGUUCAUUGCCACAACGCCGAGGUAUUACGAGGAUGAGUACCUCUACGAGCGGAGGAAGUGAGGUGGAGUAGGAGCAGUAAACAGUCUUGUCGUUCCCUCGGAUCCAAUGUAUUCCCCCUUCUCUAAGUAGCUCUAAGCUCUCUCUCGUUUUGUGUACCUAUUUGUAAUAUUUAAUGUCCUGCUAGAAGAAUCCGCCUUCUAACUCAAUUCGUUAAUAAAGGAAGCCACAUUAAGUUAGCUCCUCACUGUA